AUGGCGUGCGGUAUCGUCUUGAUUACAGCAGUGAUAUUCCCGACUUUCUACCAACCCAUGUUGACAACGCUGUACAACUACCUCUACUCAUCCACGUUCUACCAGUUAUCGACCUUUGAGACCAUCGUUACCGUCGUGAGUUACGGAAUCAUCGAACCCAAGUAUACCACUCACUUUGCACAUAAUCCUGAGCUCCGCAUCGACGUCAGACCAGGCACGCUCCGGGUUAAAUCUAAGCGAUCCAACACAACAUCAUCUACAACAGGUCAACCGGACGAAGACAGUCUGACGAUGCCCAAGCUGCCCAAGAUGAAACGGCCCUCCAAGCGUCUGGGAGAGAUAUUGCGCUACGUCAGCCCGCUUCUGCUCUUGGACUUGACCAUGAUCAAGAAGUUCGCGGAUACGCCAGUCGACGACAUCCGCGUCUCUGGAGGUUAUGCGCCGGUUGCGACCACCGCAACACUGAUGUCAACGGGAAGUUCCAGAAGCAUAAACACUACCGCUGAUGCGCCCUUGAAGUCGAUAUCGGGUUCGUUCCUCCUCCCUACGCUUCACAACUUCACCCGGUCCACGCCAUUGCAGCUCAGGAGAGCCCUUCCGCCCGUACCACCCACAUCACGACGCUUGGUGCUCGAGCUCGCCGCGUCCUUCUUCAUCUACGAUAUGCUGUUCUUCUUGUGCCAUCUCUGUUUCCAUCAUGUCCCAUUUCUGGCGCGACAUCAUCUGCCUCACCAUAAACACCACGAGAUCCAUCCACAAGUGACGAACCAGCUGUCCAUUGUUGAAAGACUGUGUCUGGUCCUUCUUGCGAAUUUCAGUCUCAACAUCAUCAAGAGUCAUGUCGUGACGCGCACGAUAUUCAUCCCCAUAUUCGUCACGCUGCUCAUUCAGGUACACAGCGGUAUGGACCUUCGCUGGGGCUAUGACAAGUUCUUACCGCGAGGGUGGGCGAGUGGGUCGAGGGGACACGCCAGGCAUCACCGCACAGGCGAAGGAGUUUAUGCACCGUUUUUUACCUGGUGGGAUAGAAUUCUGGGCAUGGCCAAAAUGUCAUCUCUUCGUCAAGAGAACGAGAAAACGUCGGAUUGCGCAAGAUCGCGAUAG